AUGCUCAGCCUCAAGCGACUGAGGCAAGAUAUAAAGACUCUAAAAGAUUCAACUCAGGGCGUUGUUGAUGUUCUGGUCUUCUUGGCCCUUGAGGCUCUCAUUAGUCAAAGUGAUGAGCAUACCAUAUCGCCGCAAAGUAACCCUUCAUAUAUAAAGGCAAAGCAUGGCAGUUUUAUGGCUGAGAGUGGUGGAACUAUCAAUGUUCGACUUGUACAGACUCUCACCCUGCUAGCCUUGUAUGAGUUUGGCCAUCGUAUCUACCCUGCCGCAUACUUGUCGAUAGGACAAGCUGUGCGACUGGCUACCAUGGUUGGACUACAUAGCCCGAAGGAUGCAAAGCAACUGUUCAUGGAACCCGAGACAUGGACGUUAUGUGAGGAGCAAAGACGCACUUGGUGGGCGAUUGUCAUGCUUGACAGGAUCCCCACAGCUCUUGAUGGCUGCUCCAGAUCCGAGCACGAAUGA